AUGCCUCUACUUCCCUCCUUGUUGAUAUAUGCCCUUCUGGCAGUCCAGACCUCGGCAUUCCCAAAGCGACAAGUGACCAAGAGCUUCACGCCCUAUAUUAGGAAUGUUCAGAGGUCCAAUGGCAUCCAUGAGGUCCCCAGUAUAGUCCACAAUGGACCUAGCACGCCUCAUUUUGAACUUGAGACAUUGACAUCGACUCUUGAGGCAAAGAAUCUCCUUAGUCUCGAUGCACCGCAACUCGACUUCAUCAAUGGAUCCGUCUUCGACUGGUGGUACUUCGAUGCAGUUUCUGAGAACAAUCCAGAUGAAUCUCUUGUCCUCACAUUCUUCUCCUCAACAGCAUCAGCAUUUCCGUUCUUAGCCGCGAACCAAUCAUCCAUUCUGACCGUGUGGAUCUGGGCAUCGUUCGCAAAUGGAACUAUCUUUGCGGACUAUGUUCCAGCGACUGUGGCGAGAUUGACUGGUGUCGACGGUGCUAGUACAACAGCUUCUGGGAAUUGGUUCCCGACUGGCUUUGGCUGGCAAGCUUCGACCGAUCCUCAGUUCAAGUACGAGGUCACAAUUGCAUCGGAGAAACUUCAGGUUCAUGGGAAGUUCACUUUGACUUCGACUGUACCAUAUCAUCUACCCUGCGGACAUCAGGGAAAGACGUCAAUUCUGGAGAUCGCGCCUCACAUUGGAUGGGUUAACACAGUACCCGACGCCGUAGGUGCGGUAGAUGUGAAUAUACGAGGCUCAUCAUUGAGCUUUAAAGGUCCUGCAUAUCAUGAUAAAAAUUGGUCUGAUAGACCUUUCAUGGAAUCUGUUGAAAGUUGGUAUUGGGGCCACGGGCGUCUCGGCGAAUAUUCAAUCGUGUGGUUCAGCUACCUCGCUCUGAACGAUACCACCAACUCGACAUAUGUGAGCAGUUAUGUAGCCAAAGAUGGGAAAGUUCUUGUCUCAGCUUGUGAGUCAAAGCUUCUCACCGUGCGCCCGAUUGGUGAUUUCGGGACUACUGGGACGCGGUAUCCCCCCAAAGCGGGUGAUAUCCCCGUCGGAUUCCACUUGGAUUUUGAUCUGGGAGAGGCGAAAGGGCAUCUUAAAGUGAAUGUUUCGACUAGAACGGCUGUUGCGGGUGAUGGCGAGUACUACGUUAGAUGGACAGGAGAUUUGAUCGGCGAAGUGGUUAAAUCUGGGGGUGAUCAAGCGCAAGAGCCCUGCGCUGGUUUCGCGAGCAGUCCAAGUAGCGAGAACACACCAUUGACUGGCGUUGCGGUUUUCGAACAAUUUGCAGUGGCGGAAUAG